ACUCUACUCUCACCGGAGCCCAGUAGUAUAGCACGCAGCUCAAGCUGCACAGUCUGUGGAAACCACUUCCCCACACAAUUUUGUAACUUUUUUCAUCUGUAAAUUUUUUAAACUUCUUUUUUUUGCAGACGGACAUUCCGUAUUUUUGUGUUGAAGCCGCGGACUGGAAGCGCAGAGACACCAGUUGCUCCCAGAGUUUUGAACAUGCAGCGGACUUUACACGUCUGAAAGGAAAAUAAUAAGGAGUUUGUUUUUAAUUCCCUGACCAUGACAGAGGAGAGCAGAAGUGAGCACAGGGCAGAGAGCGGGAAGGACCUGGAGAAACAGCUCCGGCUGCGAGUGUGCGUCUUAAAUGAACUGCUCAAAACUGAACGGGAUUAUGUUGGGACGCUCGAGUUUCUCUCGGUGUUUCUCCAUCGUCUCGACCAGUACGCAGCCACCAAGAUCGACAAGAACGUCACAGAGGAAACAGUCAAGGUUUUGUUCUCCAACAUCGAGGAGAUUCUUGCGGUUCACAAAGACUUCCUGUCCAUGGUGGAGGAGCUGCUGCAGCCUGACCCCCACGCUCACCAUGAAAUCGGACGCUGCUUCUUGCACUUUAGGAGCCGUUUUCAGAUUUAUGAUGAAUACUGCGGGAAUCACGAGAAGGCCCAGAGGCUGCUGCUGGAGCUCAAUAAGAUCAGGAGCGUCAGGACGUGUUUACUGAACUGCAUGUUGCUGGGAGGCAGGAAGAACACGGAAAUCCCACUUGAAGGUUACUUGGUAGCUCCUAUCCAGAGGAUUUGCAAGUACCCGCUGCUGCUCAGAGAGCUGCUGAAGAGGACCCCUAAGAAGCACAAUGACUACGCCCACGUGCAGGAGUCCCUGCAGAUGAUGAAGUCUGUGUGCUCCAGCAUCAAUGAAGCUAAAAGACAGAUGGAAAAGUUGGAGAUUUUGGAGGAGUGGCAGUCCCAUAUCGAAGGCUGGGAGGGCUCCAACAUCACAGAUACCUGCACGGAGAUGCUAAAGCAGGGGGUCUUGCUGAAGAUUUCAGCUGGAAACAUACAGGAGAGGAUUUUCUUCCUGUUUGACAAGCUUCUGGUCUACUGCAAGAAGAAAAACAGGCGUUUGAAAAACAGCAAAACAUCCAGCGAGGCUCCCCGCUACCUGUUCAGAGGGAGAAUCAACACCGAGGUGAUGGAGGUGGAAAAUGUGGACGAUGGCACAGCUGACUACCACAGCAGCGGGAACAUCGUGAACAACGGCUGGAAGAUCCACAACACGGCGAAGAACAAGUGGUUCGUCUGCAUGGCCAACACUCCGGAGGAGAAGCAGGAGUGGCUGGAGGCCAUCAUGAAAGAGAGGGAGCGCAGGAAAUCGCUGAGGCUUGGCAUGGAGCAAGACACGUGGGUGAUGGUUUCGGAGAAAGGAGAGAAGCUCUACCACCUCAUGAGCAAGGGCAACCUCAUUAAAGACCGGAAACGCAAGCUCACCACCUUCCCCAAGUGCUUCCUGGGAAGCGAGUUUGUGUCCUGGCUGAUGGAGAUCGGUGAAACGGAUAAUCCAGAGGAAGGGGUUCACCUGGGUCAAGCUCUGCUGGAGAACGGCAUCAUUCACCACGUGACAGACAAGCACCAGUUCAAACCCGAGCCCGUGCUGUACCGCUUUCGCUACGACGACGGCACCUACCACCCCAGAAGUGACAUGCAUGAUGUCAUAUCAAAGGGCGUUCGGCUGUUCUGCCGUCUCCAUAGCCUCUUCACCCCUGUCAUCAGGGACAAGGACUAUCAUUUGCGAACCUACAAAUCAGUGGUCAUGGCUAACAAGCUGAUAGACUGGCUAAUAGCACAGGGGGACUGCAAAACGAGAGAAGAAGCGCUGAUCUUGGGGGUGGAGCUGUGUGACAAUGGCUUCAUGCAUCACGUGUUGGAGAAGAGUGAAUUCAAGGACGAGCCUUUGCUGUUCCGCUUCUUUGCUGAUGAGGAGAUGGAGGGAUCCAACACCAAACACAAACCCAUGAAGCAUGACCUGAAAAUACUUGAAAAUGUUAUAACCAAGUCUCUCCUGAUACGGCCAAGUGAUGGAGGCUACGGCUUCACCCUGGAGGAGAAAAAUCGUGUUCCCAUCAUCAAAUCUGUGGAGAAGGGCUCCCCAGCUGAGAUGGCUGGCCUGGAAGUAGGGAAAAAGUUGUUUGCCAUAAAUGGAGACCUGGUAUUCCUCAGGCCUUUCUCUGAAGUGGAAGUUGUCCUCAUGCAAUGCUUCAACAGCAGGGGACCCCUCAGGGUGCUGGUCAGCACCAAGCCCAGAGAGACAGUUAAGAUCCCAGACUCAGCUGACGGUUUGGGUUUCCAGAUCCGUGGAUUCGGGCCCUCUGUGGUCCAUGCUGUCGGGAGAGGCACAGUGGCAGCCGCCGCCGGUCUCCACCCGGGCCAGUGCAUCAUUAAGGUGAAUGGCAUCAACGUGAGCAAAGAGAGCCACGCCAGCGUUAUCGCUCACGUCACCGCCUGCAGGAAGUACCGGAGACCAACGCAGCAAGAUACCAUUAAGUGGGUGUACAACAACAGUGAGAGCGCCCGGGAGGACAACCAGAAAACAAACCAGAAGCCCACACCCGAGCAGAAUGGCGAUGGCUUUGAGUGCCAAGUGGAAGAGGUUAUGGAUAAAUUCAACACUAUUGCCAUCAUUGACGGAAAGAAGGAUCACGUGAGUCUGACAGUGGACAACGUGCAUCUGGAGUACGGAGUGGUGUACGAGUACGACAGCACGGCCGGCACCAAGUGCCAUGUGCUUGAGAAGAUGGUUGAACCGAAGGGAUUCUUCAGCCUCACUGCUAAGAUCCUUGAAGCGCUGGCACGCAAUGAUGACCUCCUGGUACAGAUGUGUGGCAGGUUGAGCUCCAGCUGUGACGUGAUCCCUGAGGAACUGCAGGUACGCUUCAGCACCAUGUACGGCGAGAGGGUGGAGCACAUCAAUCGACGCAUCACCAACUACAGGAAGUUUUCUCGGGUACUCAAGAACAGAGCGUGGCCGACCUUCAAGCAGGCCAAGGCCAAGGUGUCUCCCCUCCACAGCAGCGACUUCUGCCCCACAAACUGCCACAUCAACGUGAUGGAAGUGUCCUACCCCAAGACCACGACCUCCCUGGGCAGCGCCUUCGGCGUGCAGCUGGACAAGAGGAAGAACGUUGUAGAGAAAGGCGGGUGCAGCGGUGCACAGCAGGGCAAGCUGAACCCGAUGGUGAAUGUUCAGCACACCAUCACAACUAUGGCGGCGCCAUCUGGUCACAGCCUGGGCCGGACGGAGGGUCACGGACUUCGUUUCCUGCUCAGAGAAGAAGACCUGCUCACCUUGGAUGCUUAUCAGAAACUUCUGUACAAGCUCAGUGCUGUUGUCAAGGAGAUGGAGACGCAUGGAGGACAUAUUCAUGACCUUCUAUCGUCCAUCACCUAUCCUCCUGCGUCAGAGGUGAGGACCCCGGAGAGCUACAUUUCUGCAGAGAGUGAAGGGGAGAGAGGUGAGAGGAACGGCAAGAAGGUGUGCUUUAACGUGGCGGGAGACGAACAGGAGGACUCUGGACAUGACACAAUCAGCAACAGAGACUCAUACAGCGACUGCAACAGCAACAGAAACUCCAUCGCCUCCUUCAGCAGCAUCUGCAGCAGUCACUGCAGCUCCUACGUUCACAGCGACGAGAUGGACUCAGGAGAUGAGAUGCCCUCCAGUGUGUGGCUGUCUCACGAGAAGCAGAAGAAACUCCACAGUUUUCUGGAGCAUCUGUUCAGUCAGGUGGACUCCAUCACCAGCAUGCUGAGAGGACCAAUGGUGGCUCGUGCUUUCGAGCAGACCAAGUGCUUCACACCUGGAAGAGGAUUACAAGAGUUUCAGCAGGAGUUGGAGCCCAAGGUAAACUGCACCAAAAAGUUGCGGCUCCAUGUCAAACAAGAUCCAUGGAACCUUCCCAGCAGCGUUCAGGCGCUCACGCAAACUAUUUCUAAAUAUGUCGAAGAGGUGAAGACACGGCUGCUCUUGGUCUUACUGCAGUACACAGACUCGGAGAUCCAGUUACGUCGGGACAUGGUUUUCUGUCAGUCUCUGGUUGCAGCGGUGUGUGCGUUCUCCGAGCACCUGCUGGCCGUCCUCAACCAGUUCCACAACAUAGGAAGUGAACUUGACCAGGACUUUCCGGACCCUCACGAGCUUCAAGAAGCCCAGGAAGCCAGCCGUCGUUGGCUGGAGCAGAUCGCCAGUGCCGGCCUUCUGCUCCACUUCCAGUCCCUGCUCUCCCCCAAUUUGACUGAUGAGCAGGCCAUGCUGGAAGACACUCAGGUGGCCCUGAUUGAUCUGGAAAAGGUCACUUUCUACUUCCAGGAGUUUGAAGGAGAACCGCUGGUAGCCAAUAUGCCCUUUUCAUACCAGGUGGAAGGCACACGUCAGGCCUUGAAGAUAUGCUUCUACCUUGAGAGUUUCUACUUCUCACAGCUGCCCUACAGACUGAAAAACGGGGGAGGCGUCAAAAUCUACCCUGUGCUCUUUACACAAGCGCUGGAGAGUAUGGAGGGAUACUACUACAGAGACAACGUGUCAGUGGAGGAAUACCAGGCCCAAAUCAACGCUGCCUCACUGGAUAAGGUCAAACAGUACUACAAGAGACUGAGGGCUUUUUUCCUCGAUCAGUCCAACAUGCCGCCCAGCACUGCACCCAAAGCUGCCCUCAUAGAUAAGUUAAUGCGGCCCUUCAAUGCUCUGGAGGAGCUCUACCGUCUGAUGGAAAGCUUUAUCAGCUGCCGCCGCACCGCUGCCUGUCAGUACACGGCCUGCGGGGCCUCUGGAGUGGGGCUGCUCACCGUGGCCUCCGAGCUCUGCUCGCGUCUGGGAGCCACACACAUCGUCAUGUGCAACAGCGGUGUGCAUCGCUGCACCCUGAGUGUGACACUGGAGCAAGCCAUCCUGCUGGCUCGAAACCACGGCCUUCCCCCCCGCUGCAUUAUGCAGGCCACUGAUGUCAUGAGGAAACAGGGGGCAAGAGUUCAGAAUUCUGCCAAGAAUCUGGGAGUGAGGGAUCGAACACCAUCAUCAGUCCCGAGGUUGUACAAGCUGUGUCAGCCUCCACCCCCAGAUGGUGAUCCGUAAUACAUUUCAUCCAGGAAGAUGCUGAAGAAGUCUUGAUGACCUUUGAGUCCUCAUCAAAGUUUGUCUUCCACCAUCAUGGUGACCUAAUUAAAGAGGUUUUUUAUGUCCAUACUAGUUUGCUUAAAGUGUAAAUAGAAUUUUCAAGCCGUAAAUAGUAUUUUAAUACAUUAUAUUUUUCACUGUUGUACUUUAUACAUAGUUCGAUUUUUUUUAUGGCAUAAUGUAUCCAACAAGGACAAUGAGUUAAAUGAGUUCAAUGAAAUCAAAUGAAUCCUAUAAGCUUACCGUCCUCACACAAUGGGCUGAGAAUAAGGUUUGUGGUUAUGAGGGACAUAACAUUUCACGUUACUAGUUUCAUUUGCAUAUGAGGUAAAAGAAGAAAUAAUAUCUAUUACAAGGAUCACUGAUGUUAUUUGGCGUACUUGCUCAAUUAGAGCAUUAUUUGUCCUUUUCUGUUCAAUUUUGACUUGUAUCAGUUUUCCGCAGUAUUCAGACAAAAUAAUGUGUGUUUUUGGACAUGAUGCUGUAAAAACGCAUAUGUAGCAAAGCUAUGCUGAGUCAUACUUUUUUUUUUGUCACUACAUUUGGAUUUGAGCGUUACGUGCACACAUGUUAAGGUCGUCAAUGAUUUACUGUUGUUACUGUAGUUUCCAGGAGGUAGAGCUACAAACAUUACUCUGUUUUCAGUACUCAGUGUUAAAGUGUCUCUGCAUUGAUUCAAAAAUGUCAUUGUAGAGUCAGUAACUGGCUCAUUAUGCAAACGUCUUAGUACUAGUAAUGUUUCUUACAGAUGCAUAAGUCUUUUUAUCAAUGUAUAAAUGAAGAAUAUUAUUUUCUUGCAUAUUUCCUUUCAAAACAAGCAAAAAAACUGACAUGUAUACAAUGUGUAAAAAAAUAUAUUAAAAGAGGUUACAGUAGCUGGAGAUUGCUGUGUUUUUGUUUGUUUGAAUAAACCAAUGCUCUCAUCAACACAUUACAGGUAAUUACAGGUUUUUCAAAGAAUGAUUCAUGUACAGUUUGACUUUUUUUUCUUUUCUUUUUUCUUUUGCCUCUAUGUUAACUCCUUUAUUAAACUACUGGAAGGGAAAUCAGUGAUCAUUCAGUAAGUUAGGGUCUCAUAUGCUUGCUUAGUUUCUGCAAAUCAAAUUCAGCAUUUACUGGUGUCAUUUAAUGUUUUGAUCUCUUUAUCGCUUAGAGACUUGUACGUGGCCCAACAAUGAUAUUCUGAAAGGUAGUUCAGUUAGUAAUUCCCUGGAUAUAGUAAAAUAAAAUGUUGAUGACUCAUGUUGCACUUGAGGGUUCAUACCAUUAAUGUAUCCAAUGAAAUGCUUUUGUAAAUUUUUUUGUCCCUUUUCUGUCACCUUUUAUUGAAAUAAAAACAACUCAUACAGAACUGGCUGCUAAUAUGAAUUGAUGCAGCCAGUUUGAGAAGACUGUACCUUGUGGGAGACGUUGGGACCGCCCUCGUUUUCUGAUUUUGUACUAAACAGGUGAUUAUGCACAGCCAAAUAACACACUAACAGUCAUUUCAUGG